AUGACUAGUCAAAUGAACUUUGGCCCUGAAUGGAUGCGCGGUGGCAAUCAUAGCGGCAACAACAGCAAUGCAAACGAACCGAAAACUAACUCUAAUCAACCCUCCUACAAAUACUCGAAAGAGUACAUGCUCAGUUUGUACACAUCUGACGCACAGCCUUCUGUCCAAUUAAAGCAUUCUGAAUUCGCAGUUGUGGAUGAGGCUCGAAGCCCUCUUUCGCCUCUAAACGAGGAUAUAUUCAGCACUGAUGGCCUUGGAAAGUAUAGCGAAGAAGACGAUGUUCCUCUUUGGAGCCAGGACGAGAAAGAGAAUUUGGGCACAUUUGAUAGCAAUGGCGUAUUUCGCUUGGGUACACCAUCUAAUUUGCCUCUUGGAAACACUGAAUUCGAGCAAAGAAAUGAUAUCCCUUCAUCCUCUUUCACAACCUUCCAAAACGGCAACGAACAUCGACGUGCUGCAUCUCAUCCUACUACUACCAGCUUCUUUACUUCCACAGCAACAUCAUCAUCUCCGCCUGUGCCUGUGUCCACUGCCACCAGCGACAAUCACACAUCGUAUCAAUGGAUGUAUAGAGACCCUUUAGGCAAUGUGCAGGGCCCGUUUACGGCUUUAGAGAUGCAGGAAUGGUUUGAGGCCGGCUACUUUGAUCAUGCAUUGCACGUCAAGCGAGAAGAUGCGCCGUUUUUUGAGCCCCUCUCUGCUCUGAUGAGAAAGGUCAAUGAUGCCAAAACGCCCUUUUUUACAUCUUGGCCAGCGAGUCAGCAAGACAAUCGCAUUAUCAACACACUGAGGCCUCCCAUCACCUCUGGGUUUAGCCAUUCGCCAUUUGCCCCGUUUAGAAGCGAACGAGCAGAACCUACGCCGUUUGAUCAGUUCCAAAAUGUUGCACCAAGCAAACCCACCUUUGCCAGUUUUGCUAUGGACAACAAUACCAUCGAUGCAUUGAGAGGCAGUGAUAUUACUCCCAGCAGCAACAGCAAUGGGUAUAUGUUCAGUGCCAAUACCUCAUCAUCUCCAUUUGGCAAUAACACACCUUUCGUUUCGCCCUUGACUCGUGGCAGUCAUCCACUGCCUGGGAACAGCUCCAUUCGCACGCCUUUAUCACCUUGGGAUAGACCAAGCAGUCAUUCUUGGUUGGACAGUGGGAAUGACAUUCACUUGCACCAAAGACAAUCCUCUGUGGAACCAUUGAAUAGCCCUGGAUUUGCAAUGAAUGAGUUCCAACAACAACAGCAACAGCAGGCCAUCAGUCAGCAAAUGGAACAGCAAUACCUAAACAUGUUGCGUCAGAAUCAACAGCAACAUUUGCAGAUUCAACAGAGAAUCCUAUUACAACAACAGCAAAAACAACAACAGCAACAGCAACAGCAAGACAUGCUUAUCAAUCCAAGAUUGGGUUUUGAUCAAAACAAGAAUCUCUUAUUGCAACAACAACAGCAGCAGCAGCAACCAAUGUCAAUUAACGCAUUGAAUAAAGGAUGGAACUCUGUGCCUGGAACACCCACUGUGGCUGAUUCAGGGCACAGUGUGUGGGGAUUGCCCGAUCGUCCUCAACCGCAACUACCGUUGACGACUUCAGUGCUCGAGUUUUCUCCACUUUCUGUAUCGCCUCUACCCCCGCAAACCAAGGAAAAUAUAGAAAAUGCAGUAAAUGAUCAACUAGCAGAAGCGUUGAAUCACCUGGAUUUGACAGCUCCUAAAUCCACGGAAAGACUGACAUCCAAAGAUAUAGAGGACGACACAGAAUCAGCUUUAUCCGAUCCUGCUCCUACUUCGACAUCAGCGUUAGCAGAGAAAAAAACAUUGCAUGAGGUUCGAAAGGAAGAGGAGAAACACACCAGUCCUACACCGAGAUCGAAUACAUGGUCCUCUGUAUCAUCAAGAGCCUCUUUCACUAUCAGCCCUUCCUUCUCCACGAACACAAGCACAUCUCGCCUCCCAAAUAAGCAGCAAAACAAUCCUUGGGAAAAGCCAAUUACUCGUAGACAAAAGCACUUGUCCAUGACAGCUUCCAUACCCCCUACUUCCCUCAAACGCAAUAACCAUCAGCAGCAGCAGCAGCAGCAGCAGCAACAUCCAUCUGCUCAAAGUACCACUGCAUCAGGACAUCCCACCAUCAAAAGCGAACCUCGAGGCCCCAGCGAAGACUUUCUGAGAUGGUGUAAGCUGUCAUUACGAAAUCUGAACGCGGGUGUCAAUGGCGAUGAAAUAUUACAAAUGCUGCUGAGCUUCCCAAUGGACGGUAGUUGUGCUGAAAUUAUACAGGACAUUAUUUAUGCGAAUUCGACUUCUAUGGAUGGGCGCCGAUUUGCAAGCGAUUUCAUGACACGCAGAAAGGCAGACAUGGAUGGUAAAAAGCUGAAUGUGAUAUUGCCUACAUCUUCCACUGUGGCAGUUCCCGAAUUCAAAGUGGUUACCAAAAAGAACAAGAAGAAGCAUCAACAGCAAUAA